AUGCUUCAGCAUUGUGAUAAGCCUUUUUGUGCUGAUGAAAAACAAAAAUUGAACUACCCCUUAACCUGCUGGUGGCAUAUACAUGCACUUGUCCCAGGUUAUGUUCACCUGCGUAGUAAUGCAGCAGUUGAUGAUGAGUUGAUUGAAAGAUUUGAACGAAAACUUGAGCACAUUCAUGACGAUAAUGCUUCAACACCAACUGCUGCUCCAAGAGCACAUGGUUUCACUUUCACAGAUCAAGAUGAUGAGACAGAGGUAGAAUUGGUAAGAAAACAGAUGAGCGGAGAAGAAAAAUCAAUCGACGCAAGCAGAACCGCUCGUUUUGUAUGGAAAGAAAGUUUACGGGGCUUGAAAGAUGCUAACAAGGUUCAUCAUCACAAAAAGGGAACAAUGAGACUCGUUUCAGAUGGUAGUCGAAUUCAGCAUUUGGAACGUAGAAUAAGAGUUCUUGAAGGUGAACUCAUGGAGGCAGCUGCCAUAGAGUUCAGCCUUUACUCUGUGGCUGCAGAACAUGGAAGUUCCAUGAGUAAAGUCCAUGCUCCAGCUAGACGCCUCUCAAGGCUCUAUUUCACUACUGCUAACCAACACAACUCCAUAUCUGCAGCUAAAAGUAUUGCCCUCGUUCAAUUCUCCGGGCUUCUCACUAUUUGUAGGCCCUCGUCCAAUUGUUUGCACAGCCCGAGUCCGAUUUUUCAGUCGCUUUCAGUCCGGGAAUUCGGCCCUCGUUUUCCGUCGCUUCUCAGCGGAUUAACUUUCUGGCUUUCAAACUCAAUGGUGCUAAGAGUUAUUGUGAACCGCUCUUCUGAGGACAGUCUUAAAUCAACGGUGGGUGCAAGGAAUGGAAAGAAAGAAUGUUCAUCGCCUCUUAAACGGGAGUCCAAGAGUAGCAGAGACCCUCCGAGGCUCAGUGACAGGGAUGACCCUCAAAUGUUUGCAGCUUCACUUGAAAGUUUCGAAGUGUGGAUAUCUUCCCGAAUCAUCGAGUCUUUGUGGUGGCAGAUUUUUACUCCGCAUAUGCAGUCUGGUGCUGCUAAAGCAAUUCGUGUGAGUAUGGAUUCUCAUUCACGCAAGUUAUGCAAAAGGACAUCGUCUUGUUCAGUCGAUCAUCAGCAAGGAAAUUUUUCUGUGCAACUCUGGAAAAAGGCUUUCCAGGAUGCAUGUGAAAGAUUAUGCACUGCUCGAGCUGAAGGGCACGAUUGUGGCUGUUUACCUGUGAUCUCUAAACUGAUAAUGGAGCAGCUGAUUGGUAGGCUAGACGUGGCUAUGUUUAACGCAAUCCUUCGAGAAUCGGCUGAUGAAAUUCCGACAGAUCCUGUGGCAGACCCUAUUAGUGAUGCACAGGUUCUUCCUAUUCCAGCAGGGAAAGCUAGCUUUGGUGCCGGUGCACAAUUAAAAAAUGCGAUUGGAGAUUGGUCUAGAUGGCUUACAGAUCUCUUCGGCAUGGAUGAUAUGGAUGGUGAUACACCAUCGAAGCCUUUUCGGAUCCUCAAUGCACUGAGUGAUCUUAUGAUGCUUCCAAAGGAUAUGCUGUUAAGGAGAAGUAUCAGAGAAGAGGUUUGUCCUUCAUUUGGGCCUCAGCUGAUACGGAGGAUAGUUAAAUCCUUCGUUCCGGAUGAGUUUUGCUCAGACCCUAUUCCUGGAGCUGUUCUUGAAGCUUUAAAUGCAGAGGAUUCUUUUGGUUCUGAAGAUGAUUCCAUGAUGAGAUUCCCAUGUGCUGCAGCAGCUGCUGUAUACAUGGCACCAUCAGCUUCUGCUUUAGCCACUUCUAUCUUUGGACAAAUCGGCAGCCGUUCUAAGCUGAAAUGUAGCAAAUCCUCAGUUCUUGAGAAAUCACAGACGAGUGAUGAUGAACUUGAUCAACUUAAUUCACCUUUGAAAGAAGUCUUCCGGUCCUUGCCAUUUUCCCGUGGAAAUAAAAAAGCUGAGCGGUAUAAACUCCUUCUGCAAGCAUGGAUGAAUCGUGAGUGA